UUUAUCAUCAUGUCUGUAUUUUAAUGAUUACAUCUAGUCAUGGUCACGUCCUCAUGCUGUUGACAUCAUGUCUGUCUCUGAGACACUUGUGAUCCAGCUCCAUUAGUCUGUUCUACAUCAUCUCUUCAUCAGUGUUUCAGGAUGUAUCACAACUGUUAACCGUUGUUACCUCUCUCAGAACGCUUUAACUUCCUGCUUCCUGUCAGACUUUUUUCUGUUCACACUACACUGAUCAUAGAUCUGUAUGAAAAGCUCCACUUAACAACAUUGGCACUGUGUGUUUGGAUGCUGCUAUCAAAGCAGUGUAACAUUUGUGUUUGCUACAUAAGUGUGUGUGUGUUAUUUCAUAGCCUUAUCUUCAGACAGGAUGAAAAACUAAAAGGGACUCAUUGUUUGAUUCCAAACCCAUUGUUCUUUUUACUUUCUACACCCAUGGUAGUGAACAGUGGUGACCCUCCAGCCCCAGGCCCCUUCCUCACAUAAGGCCAGCUGCUCCAGCAUAGCACAUUAGUCAUUCACCAACAGAAAGUACAACAGACGGUGUUUUAUGUAGAGAUGUUUGGUCAUGAACACAGUUAUAAAACUUUAACUGUUGAAUGAUCAGUUAGUAUAAUUCAUUAUGGAUAAAACAUGAGACUGUAGAUAUGAACUCAUCACAUGAGGGUGAAGGAUGUUGUAAAUCAGCAUCAACUUAGACCAACAUGUGUGUUUCAACAUUUCAGUCUUUAUCAGCUCAGAGAACUCUGCCUCAUAACAUUAAGGAUGUAACGAGGUCUCAUGUCACGAGGUCUCGCAAGAUUUAACUCGACGGUAAUUGCCGUCGCAUUAAAAAUCAGUCUCGCGAGAUUUGUGAGCCAGCAAGCGGACAGAGUGAUGUCGGAAAAUAUCGGUAUUACCAUUGAAAAUGCCCACGCCACUUUCAAAUCAUUUGUUGGGCAGCAUUUCGGGUACCCGGCGGAAAUGAUAAAUGGCGGUAGAGUGACUGAUAAGACACGGACAAUAUGCAAGCAUUGUAUGAAAAUAAUGCCGUACACCGCGACUAAUACGAGCACGAUGCAGAGACAUACACAGCACCACCACAGCUCGGUACUCAAAUCAACACCUGCACCUGUGAAGAAAACACUAACAAGCCAGACAACGCUGACAAACGCAUUCGGAUCUCAACUUCCACAGUCAAGCGCCAGAGCCACAGCCAUAAAAACAGACAUAGGUGUUGUCAUCGCAGCAGAUAUGAGGCCAUUUUCUGUGGUAGACAAUCAAGGAUUUCGGCGGCGACUCCACACACUGGAACCGAAGUACACCAUCCCAUCACGCACAGUGAUCCUGAACCUCUAUGAAGAGCCCAAGAGCAAGAUCGAUUGAACAGAUCCUGAAAGACGCAGAAAGCAUCGCCAUAACAACCGACGGUUGGACAUCGAGAGGUACGCAAAUUACACAAUUACAAAAUUUCACAAUUACAGCCCACACAAUCAACAAUGACUGGAAAAUGUAAAGUGUUGUACUACAGACUCACCCACUUUUUGAGUCCCACACAAACACAGCUGAAGUUUUACAGACAGCUGUUACUGACUGGGAGCUUAAAAAACCCAACCACGGCAUCGCUAUUGUAACUGACAGUGCAUGUAAUAUGGACGUGGCCGUGCACGAGGUGGGAUUGAAGCCACACGAAGUGUUUUGCGCACACUAUAAAUCUGGCAACCCAAGCUGGCCUCGGUGUUCCCUGCGUCGCUCGUUUGCUCGGGUGGGGGAAACGUGUGGCCGCUUUGUUUUUUUUCAUCGGAGUUCAACGGCUACCGCAGGGUUAUUCUCCAAGCAGAAACAGCUACAACUGCCAUCACACAAGUUAAUCAUGGACGUUACGACACGAUGGAACAGCACGUUGGAUAUAAGCUGUCAUGACAGCAGCUCUCACCAGCCCAGUUAAGACAAAACGCCCGAAGCAUCGAUAAACUUGACAGCUGCGAUUUCAGAGAUGCUGAAGACCUUGUGAAGCUGUUGCUUCACUGAAGAGCAUGAUUGAACAGAGUGUGACACCAAAUGAUGGAGAUUCCACCACAGUGGCCAACACAAAAACUGCAAUCCGGACCAUGACCAGUGUGAGGCCGUCUUCCUGAGGGUACAGAACACGGCAGAACAGUUGCUGCAUAAACAGACAAAUGGAUGUUGAAUACGAGUAGAGUCACAGACCUGAUAUCAUCUGCAUUCACCAGACCAACAGAUGGACCCUGAAGCCAACAGAACGAUGGAGAUGGUGGCGCUGGGCCGACCAUUCGGCCUCGGGAUGCUGUAUGACUGCCGCGGAGACUCACUCAUCCCUGGAAUGACUCUGUGGGACCAGAAUGACCUGGAGAAAGACACAAGGGAAAGACCCAGCCCUAACAGUGACUUUGAGAUAGUUGCAUCUGAGUCUAUUGAGGGUAAAUUAUCAGCACUAAAUGUUAAAGCGUCUCUGAAAGCAAGUUUCUGUAGUGGUUUGGUAGAAGUUGGAGGAUCAGCCAAAUACCUGAAUGAUCAGAAGACCUCUAAAAAACAGGCCAGAGUGACACUGAAGUACAAAACUACCACAAAGUUCCAGGAACUGUCAAUGAAUCAUCUUGGAAGAGGAAAUGUGAAACACCCAUACGUUUUUGAACAAGGUUUAGCAACUCAUAUAGUCACAGGUAUUCUUUAUGGGGCACAAGCCUUCUUUGUGUUUGACCGUGAAGUUUCUGAAAAUGAAAAUCAUCAAGAUAUUCAGGGCAGCUUGAAAGUGAUGAUCAAGAAGAUACCCACCAUUUCUAUAGAGGGUGAAGGUUCCCUGAAAAUGGAAGAUAAGGACAAAGUGAAUGUUGAGAAAUUCUCAUGCAAAUUUCUUGGAGACUUUUCUCUAACAAAAAAUCCAGUGUCCUAUUUGGAUGCUGUUGAGGUCUACCAAAGCCUGCCAAAACUACUGGGAGCCAAAGGAGAAAAUGCCGUACCAAUGAAGGUCUGGCUGUUACCACUGACAGCUUUAGAUUCUACUGCAGCUAAACUGGUCCGUCAGAUAAGUAUCAGAUUAGUUCAACAAGUACAGAAACUCCUGGAGGACUUCAUGGAGCUGGAAAUCAGGUGCAAUGAUGCACUGAGCACCACCACUGCACAGCAGUUCCCACAAGUCUGUAAAAACAUUAAAAGGUUCAAAGAAAUGUGCUGUGAGUUCAAGCUGGAAUUCCAACAAACUUUGGCAAAGAAGCUUCCAUCGAUCCGAGGAGGAGGAGAAGAGGAGUCUGAGCUGGCAGACGUGCUGAAGAAGAAACUUGCUUCACCUUUCAACAUUGAAGCCCUGAAUGAAUGGAUGGACUGUAAAGAAAGAAAAAUCAGCAUCUUAAAAUCUUUCACCAACAAGAUGAAAAACACCAAGAUCGUUCCUUCUAAUAAUGUUCUACAGGAGGAACUUCUUAGUGCAGAACAUGCUGUGUGUUUUGUCUUCACCUGCCUUCAGGGAAGUCCUGAACCGUACCUCUCAGCUUUAUCAAACUACUUAAAUGGAUCAAACCAACCACACAUUAAUGAUAUAGAGAAGGAACAAUGGUUCCAUUCAAAGGAAGUAGCAGAUGAAAUGCGGACGAAGGUAAAACUCUUCAGUGAUUUUGCAGAGGCCAACAAGGAGAAUGAGAAUGUGAAGUUCCUGACAGUGGGUUUAACCAAUGAGGGACAGAAAGGUUCAAGCAUCUACCUUUAUGGAGAAGGCUUUACUGUCACUGAGAACUUUGAGCCACCUUCAAAGCCUGAAACUGUGACAGCAGGAGACAUCAACCACAACAGUGUGACCCUGAAGAUUUCUCCUCCCAGACAUGGAGCCGAGAACAUCACGUCCUACUCUGUUGAGUUCUGUGUCCGUGGAGAAGAUGAAUGGAAACAGGAGAGUCAAUCAAUAGCUGAAGAAGUCACAGUGAGGGAUCUUAAGCCAAACACAGAGUAUGUGUUCAGGUGUAGAGCAGUGACCUCAGCAGGUGUUGGACCAGUCAGUGCAGUCAGUGAUUUCAUUACAACGUUACCUUACAUCAGGGAUUGUGGUGUAGUUGUUGAUGCUGUUAAAGUAAAAAGCAUUCUGUUGAAAUCUGAGAAAGGGCCUCUCUCUGUUUAUAAGAUUCCCCUGAAACAACAACGAACCAGUGUAGAUGGUUGCAGAUGGUUCAGUUUUGGGAAAGACGUCACAAAACACAGUCGUACCAUAAUGGUUGUUGGAGCAACUGGUGCUGGAAAGUCAACUCUGAUCAAUGGGAUGAUCAACUACAUUCUAGGUGUUAAAUGGGAGGACUCGUUUAGGUUUAAGUUAGUUGUUGAGGAUCAGUCACUAUCUCAGGUUCACAGUCAGACCUCAGAAGUCACUGUGUACAAAAUAAACCACGAGGAGGGGUUUAAAAUCCCCUACUCUCUGACCAUUGUGGACACUCCAGGUUUUGGAGACACCAGAGGAAUAACAAGAGACAGAGAGAUCACAGAGCAGAUACGUAAUCUAUUCUCUUCUGGACAUGGUGUCACUGAAAUUGAUGCAGUGUGUGUUGUAGCUCAGGCUUCUUUAGCACGACUCACACCAACACAGAAAUAUAUCUUUGACUCAGUGCUCUCAAUCUUUGGCAAAGAUGUGGCAGAAAACAUCAGAGUUCUGGUCACAUUUGCAGACGGUCAACAGCCUCCAGUUCUAGAGGCGAUCAAUGCUGCAGGUGUCCCAUGUCCUAAAACUAAGAACAAGCUGCCAGUUCACUUCAAAUUCAAUAAUUCAGCCUUGUUUGCAGACAACAAAUCUGCUGUGAGUGGAGAUGAUGAUGAUGAUGAUGAUGAUGAUGAUGAUGGAGGAUUUGAUCAGAUGUUUUGGGACAUGGGGACAAAAAGCAUGAAGAAGUUUUUUGGUGCUUUGAAUCAAGUAGAAACUAAAACUUUGACACUGACAAAGGAGGUCCUCAGAGAAAGACAACAGCUCGAGAUUUCAGUCGAAAAUCUCCAGGUGAAGGUUAAAGUUGGUUUAGCCAAGAUGGAGGAAAUGAAAGAGACAAAAGAAAAACUGAAAGAGUUUGAGGCAGAGAUCAACAGAAAUGAGAACUUUGAGUUUGAAGUGACUGUCAUGAAGCCUUUUAAACACGACAUUUCUGGUUCUGGAAGCUUCAUCACCAACUGUCAGACAUGUCAUGUCACCUGUCACUACCCUUGUGGUAUACCAGAUGAUAGAGAUAAAGCAGGCUGUGUAGCAAUGGGAUCAGAUGGAUACUGUAAACAGUGUCCAGGCAAAUGUUACUGGAAUGUACAUUUUAAUCAGAAGUACAAAUGGGAGUAUAAAGAAGUUAAAGAAAAACAAACUGUGAAAGAGCUGAAGGAAAGAUAUCUUAAAGCCAAAGGCGGUAAGAUGUCUGUUCAGGCAUUGAUUGAUAAACUGAAGGAUGAAUAUGAUCGUAUCCAGGAUGAGGUGGUGAAUCUGAUAAAGGAAUCUGGUAGAUGUCUAAACAGACUGAAAGAGAUAGCACUGAAACCAAAACCUCUGUCCACUUCAGAGUACAUUGACAUGUUGAUUGAAGGAGAGAAAGCUGAGGCCAAACCAGGCUGGAAGAAACGAGUUGAGUCUCUGAUGAAGAUGAAACAAAAAGCAGAGUUCAUGGCUAAAGUAGAGAAAAGAGAGAAUCCUCUCAGUUCUCAGUUUUAAUUAAGGUCAACAGAACAAACAUGACACUGAGACUAAAACCAACAGAGACCAAGACAAGGACGAUAACUGCAGUGACAUUAAAGACCAAGACAAGAGAUUGAUAGAAACCAAGAGGAAAAGACCAACAGAGACCAAGACAAGGAACAGACUGAUUCAGAGACUGAGCUCAGUUCUGAUUUAGUUCAAGAUGUGACUGGAGUUUUAUUCAAGUAGUCGAGUACAUGAUGUCCUGUGGCUUUAAAAACACAAGAAAAGAUGUGAAUCACAAUUGUGAAACCCCC